CAACGUCAAAUGAAACGACAACGUCAGUCUCAAUAUCAGUCAGUUGAUGGAAAGUGGUGUCGUUUGUAUACUAGUGAUUCAAAAUUAUUUUACACUAUUUUGAAAGAAAUGUCGAACGAAAACGCUUUGGACUUACACCACGUCCACCAGAGUUUCCAAAGAAGCCUGAAAGAAGAAGAUGACGUUGUCAUCGAAGCGUACAUAGAUGGCUACAAUGAAUUAGUAAAAUUUCUCAACUUAAUAGGAUCAGUAUUCUCAUUUGUAAGCAGUGAUGUGAAAAGUAAAAUAAAAAUAAUGGAAAAGCAUAGAGAAGGAGAGGAUGCAGUACACUAUGACUCGUUUAAGAAGAUGAUGAAGUUUGAGAAAGAGACAAACUUAUGUGACAAGAAUGGAUUUGUCUCUGGCUCAAGGACUAUGCUGCGUUUGCAUCGAGGAUUAGACUUUAUACGGUUGUUCCUGAAACGGCUGAGCGAGGCGGACGAGAACAUGAACACUUGUACCACGUGCCAGGGCUCCUACAACGAGACCCUGGCGAAUUUCCACCCAUGGUACAUCAGAAAGGCAGCCACCUUAGCCAUGCAUGCCUUACCUUCGAGACCGGAUCUGUUGAAAAAGAUCUUCGGAACGGACGAAAGCCUAACAGCAGCGUUAGCAGUGUUACCCCAAACGCUGGCUUCUUGCGACGAGGUUUACAAACGUGUAGAACAACUAUACACAGACUUUGACUUCCACGAACUUCCUUAAACAUCGUAAGAUUUACUUUAUAAGUAGAAAAUGUAAAAAAAUUACUCCGGUGGAGUUUCAUCUAUGCUGCGUACCUCUACUUAGAGCAAAGAGGUUGAAAUGCUCACAAUUUUUAGUAAAGGCCACCUGUUUUGCGUUCAGUAGGUGGCGCUAGUGUCGAAUUAAGACUUGUUGGUCUAAUAAUGAUUCUUAUCCUCGAGUGCUCCCUAA